GUUCCCUAAUGGACAACAAUAGAACGAAUAAUUGGUUUCGGGUUAAAUAUACGGGUAUAUUGUGUUAAAACUCGUCACCGUGAUAGAAUGGACAGUUGAAAACUGGGUGUAACUUCCUGCUGGUCUUUCACAUCAAAUUCUUCGAGACAGGACAUUAUCCUUUAGGAAACUAGUGGCAGUGAAAUGUACAUUUAUUGGGAAUAGAUUACCUGGGACGUAUUGACUUGAAAUCGAAAUCAAAAUGGCAUCAGCUAAUUUUCUUUCUUGUGUAUUGAUUUUACUUACUUUACCAGAUGUGAUGGCUGAGUCAAAUCCUGAUCCACUAGUUGGUUUAGUGGUAGCUGCUGUUAUGGCUUUCUUUAUUUUGAUUGGUGCUUUAGUAGUGUGUAUGCUGGGAAUUGUGUGGAAUGACUGGUUCCCAAAACGUCAAUGGCUCCAUGGAAAACACAAAGUUGACAGAUCGGAAAUUGAACAUGAACGUUUGGAAGAAGAAAAAUCUGUCAUUUCGAGAGUUUCCAAAGCGCCCUCAUCAAUACAUAAUCACACCCCCAGAAUGUAUAACCCUGACACUAUUCAACUAAGAGAUUUGAAUGAUAUUGGACCUUCCUUUAAUAGACAAAUACAAAUGGUGGAUUCACCUCGAUAUGAAGAAAAGGGAAAAAUGAUCAAUUUUGGAGAUGAAGACGGUGAUGGCAAAUAUCAAGUGACUUCCCCAAGUGAAAUUGCGUAUGAUGAAAAACAAAUAGUUCCAAUAGUCCCACAACAACAAUUGGUUAGAAAACAACCGCAACAAGUCAUUCAGAGAGAAAUGAUACCAGUUAUACAAGAAAUUACUCACGACCAACCAAUCAUUACACAGAUAGAAAAGCAACCAGUCGUCGUGAAAGUCAUUCAUAAAUAUCCCACUGCCACUCAAGUUGUUGAAGAACCAGUUAUUGCAGAAGUUACACACCCUGAGCAAGUAGUUACCAAAAUGGUAGACGUUCCUGUCGUAAAAGAAGUAGAGUAUGAUCAACCAAUAGUAACAGAAUUCCAAGAAAGACAGGUGAUCACAAAGGAACUUCAUAAAUAUCCAACUUCUAGGAAAGUAGUAGAAAAACCUGUAAUCAGAACAGUAGAACAUGACGAACCUUUAGUUACAGAGGUCCAACAGAAGGAAGUCGUUACUGGAGAGGUUCACAGAUACCCAACGGCUACCAGAGUAGUCGAAAAACCCGUCAUUAAAACAAUUGAGCACAGGGAACCGCUUGUUACUGAUUAUCAGGAGAGGCCUGUAGUUAUGAAGGAACUACAUAAAUAUCCAACGUCAACAAAGGUUGUACAACAGCCACUUAUUAGAACAGUUGAACAUGCCGAGCCAAUUGUGACCAAUGUUCAGGAACGAUCAUUUGUCGCAAAAGAGCUUCAUAAAUACCCGACUUCAACUAAGGUAGUUGAAAAACCUGUCAUUCGAAACAUCCAGCAUGACCAACCAAUCGUAACAAAAAUGGUCGAAAGACCUACCGUAGUACGAGAGAGACAUGCUUAUCCUACCGUAACUCGCGUUGUCGAACGACCGAGCGUUCACGGUAGACCAGUGAGUGGAUCUCAAAUUGUAAGAGGGUCAAUGCCUGAAGGAGAAAUAAUUGAACGUGUGAUUCAAAUGCCAUCACACGGUCCACCCUCUUACGAAUACAGCAAGCAAGUUAUUAGUGAUAAAAAAGGAAAACGAAAAAGUAGCAAAAGAAAAUCCGAUAGUGAGAAGAAAUCCCUACAAUAUGAAACCGUUACUGGAGUAAUAAAUUUUGGAACAGAGAGACCUAGCGACAACAGUAGUUUUGAUUCAGAAUCGGAUUCGGAAUCAUCUUCAUCCGGGGCUUCAUCUGGAUAUAUUCAGCCGACAUUUGAAGAUGCUGGUCAACAACCAGACCAAAGUCAACAAUGGGCAAUGUAUUAAUAAUUCUAGUCUUUCCAGACAUCAAAAUAACUACAUUGAUAAAACAUUUCUCCAUGUAUACAUUAAAUAAAUAUAUAUAUAUGUAUAUGUAUUAAUACAUUCCAUUUUCGCGUUUAUAAUGACUGUUAUUUGUUUCGUUUUCUGUAUUUUGUUAACUAUGCAAACUAAAUCAUGAAUCUGCUUAAAUCUAAAAUUUGGAUGUUAUAAUAUACAUGUACAUAAAAUGAUAGAAUAUGUUUGAAAGUUAUAAGCUUUUCUAUAAAUGUGUACAAAAGGAAAAUUUCACUGCAAUUGAAUUUCGAAAAUCUGAAUGAUUCAGUCUUUUUAAAUAUCAAUAUCUUUUUAAAUUAGAAAUGAUGAAGGAUUUUAAUGUAAAUCAAAUAUAUUUAAGGUCUCAUAUCACUGUCAUCUAGCAAGCAUGAUUUUUCGAUUCACUACAAAAGUCCAAACUUCAUUUGUAUAAUAGGGCUUGCUAGUAAUUUCUUAAUGUCAACAGUUCAAUUUAUUUUUAUUGUAUAUGACAAAUAUCCGAAUGUAACAUAUUUUCUAAUAUGAAUUAUAAAUUUUUUUAAUAUCUGUAAAUUUAAUAAAAUCUCGUAUGUUAAAUGAUA